CAGAAAACGCCCUGUUGGCCCUACAGGCGUCCCGUCAUGCGCGUGGACUCAGCGCUACGUCAGCAGUGAUACAGAAACAUGGCGGUGUCCAUAGCGCAGCGCCCGGCUGCAAACGCUCGUCUGUUGAUUUUAACUUUUCUCACCACGUUAAUAUUUCACCGCAGCGUCGCCGACGUCGCCGCAGGUGCCUCGACGUCCGAAGAACCUCCUCACCGCCGCUUUGAGUACAAAUACAGCUUCAAAGGACCGCACCUGUCUCAGACGGACGGCAGUAUCCCGUUUUGGAUCCACACUGGAAAUGCGAUUCCCAGUGCAGACCAGGUGCGUAUCACGCCAUCCCUCAGGAGUCAGAGGGGCACUGUGUGGACGAAAAACAGAGUCAACUUUGAACACUGGGAGGCCGAGGUGACCUUCAGAGUAUCUGGAAGAGGCAGAAUGGGAGCGGAUGGAUUGGCUGUGUGGUUCACCACUGCACAAGGCCUCGACGGCCCAGUGUACGGUGCUGCCGACCAGUGGAAUGGAGUUGGAGUCUUCUUUGACUCUUUUGACAAUGAUGGAAAGAAAAAUAACCCAGCUAUAAUUGUUGUGGGAAACAAUGGCAACCUUGUUUACGACCAUCAAAAUGACGGCACCACACAGGCCCUCGGUACAUGUUUACGAGACUUCCGCAACAAACCGUAUCCUGUCCGAGCCAAAAUCACCUACUACAAGAAGACACUGACGGUACUGAUCAACAAUGGAUUCACUCCAGACAAAGAGGACUACGAAUUCUGCACAAAGGUGGACAAUAUGGUCAUUCCCACUGAGGGAUUCUUUGGCAUUUCAGCUGCCACUGGUGGUUUAGCAGAUGACCACGAUGUUUUGUCGUUCCUGUUGUUCAGACUCACAGAGCCAGGCCAGCAGCCGCCUCCACCUGAAUCUGAGAUUCCUAAAGAAGAGAAGGACAAGUACCAGGAAGAAUUUCAGAACUUCCAGCAAGAGCUCGACAAAAAGAAAGAGGAGUUUCAGAAAGAGCACCCAGACGUCCAAGGAGAGCCAAUUGAGGAUUUGUACGAGACCGUAAAUGACCGGGAGAUCCGUCAGGUGUUUGAAGGCCAGAACCGGAUCCACCUGGAGAUCAAACAGCUGCACCGGCAGCUCGCCAUGAUCCUGGACGAGCAGCGUCGAUAUGUUUCUGUCAUCACUGAUGAGGUUGGCAAGAAGGGGGCUAACGCUGAGUCGGGACAGUUGGACGUACAACAUUUGGGUUCUGUCGUAGCCACCCAGCAGGAGGUUCUCAAAAAUCUGCACGAGUUGAGAAACUCUUUUCACGAGUCCCUGAAACAGAUCGGCUCAGUCCAACACCAGGGUAACGCAGGCGGCAUGGGAACAUAUGAGACCAUUCAGCACUUCAACGACAUCAAGGAACAUCUGCACACGGUCAAAAGGGACGUGGAGCACCUGGUCCAGCGUAAUGUUCCGAAUCCUGCUGAGAAGGUUGUGAAGUGUCCUGAGUUACCUCCAAUGCCUUCCUGCUUAUCUACCAUUCAUUUUGUAAUCUUCAUCGUCGUCCAGUCAGUGCUGUUCUUCUGCUACAUCAUGUACAAGAGUCAACAAGAAGCAGCAGCAAAGAAAUUCUUUUGAUGAAAUACAUUUUUGAGUGUAUAAAUGAGGGAAUUUUGAUAAUUAAUUUUUUUUUUUUUUGAUUAUUUCAGAUUGUAAGUUAUUGUACUUGAAAAAUUUGGUUCUGUUGAUAAAGUUUGUUUUAAUUCAUUACAGAUUUUUAAUUUGAUCAGUAAGUUGUUGUGUAUAAAUGCUCGUGUGAAACUUAUUGUUAUGGAUUUUCAACAUGAUGUAACAUGCUCCUUACAGUAUUUUUGGUUGGCCAGAUCCUUAGAUUUUGUUUUCAAAAGUUGAAAAUCUGCCACAGUCCCAUUCCAUGAACCUGAAGUGAUUACAAAAGAAAAUAACGUGUUUUGAAAUGUGCAAUUUUGUAUAAAAUAAUGCUGGUGAUGAAAACUCAGAGCAGAUGUCUGCUUCUGUUUAUCUGUUUUGAUGACAUGUCAGAAUCUGACAUAUCCUCUACCUGAACAAUUUACAUAAACAGAAAACACAAAUCA